UUACCCGAGGACAAACGGUAUAACGUCUAUUCCGUGUGACUAUUAUCAUUCACUCAUUCAUUCGUCGUCUGUACGUGUGUAAGAAACACUUUGAAAAAAGAGAAAAAUAUAUAUUUAAAGAAAUUAAAUAAUAUAUUAUAUAUACAUAAACGGUAGCAAAAAGUUUUUGUGGAAAAUAAAAAUUAUAAGUCUUCUUUUUUCUUAACAACAAAAUCCCAAUUAGUUGAAAAUCAGACAAAGAACAUUUUCAUUAGCAAAGAAAUUACUUUAGUUUCUGUGGUAUAAAUAUUUAUUUUAAAACAAAACACCGAAUACAACAAACAAAAUGGCAAACAAUCAAGAUUUGCAAGAGGAUUUUUCACAAGAUGUGAAAGACGAUCAACAUUUCAACGGCGACGAUUCCACCGGUGAAAAUGGAAAUGAAAACGGCACAGACAAUGGAAACGAUAAUGGAAACGAUGGCCAAAACGAGAACGAUCAAGCCCAGCAAGGCGAAGCAGCAUCAGGACGCGAUGACGACAGAAAACUUUUCGUGGGUGGAUUGAGCUGGGAGACAACAGAAAAGGAAUUGCGCGAACACUUUGGCCAAUACGGUGACAUCGAAAGCAUCAACGUUAAGACAGAUCCACAAACUGGUCGUUCACGUGGUUUCGCAUUCAUUGUGUACACAUCGCCGGAGGCAAUUGAAAAAGUUACGGCUGUCCCAGAGCAUGUGAUCAACAACAAAAAGGUUGACCCGAAGAAGGCAAAGGCUCGUCAUGGCAAAAUUUUUGUUGGUGGUCUCACCUCCGAAAUCAGCGACGAAGAAAUCAAAACUUUCUUCGGUCAAUUCGGCAACAUCGUUGAAGUCGAGAUGCCAUUCGACAAACAGAAGAAUCAACGUAAAGCAUUCUGCUUCAUUACUUUCGAUUCAGAACAAGUCGUCAACGAAUUGUUGAAGACACCGAAACAGACGAUCUCUGGCAAAGAAGUGGACGUGAAGAAAGCCACGCCAAAACCAGACAAUGUACCGGGACAAUUCGGUAUUGGUGGCCCACGUGGCGGCCCACGCGGUCGACAAGUUCGUGGUGGAUUUGGUGGUCCGAAAGGAUGGAAUCAAGGCUACGGAUACAGCCAAGGUAGUGGAUAUUAUGGCACCAAUUACGAUGCAGGUUAUGCCGGUUACGCUGAUUAUUACAGCGGCGGCUAUGGACCAAGUGGUUACGGCGCUGGGUAUCAAGACUACUACUCGGGGAACUACG